GGGUGCGAGCGGGAUGUGAGCCAUGGAGGCCAUCUGGAUCUACCAGUUCCGGCUGAUCGUGAUCGGCGACUCCACGGUGGGCAAGUCCUGCCUCCUGCACCGCUUCACGCAGGGCCGCUUCCCGGGGAUGCUGUCCCCAGCCUGCGACCCCACGGUUGGCGUGGACUUCUUCUCCCGCCUGCUGGAGAUCGAGCCCGGCAAGAGGAUCAAGCUGCAGCUAUGGGACACAGCCGGGCAGGAGAGGUUCAGAUCAAUAACUCGAUCUUAUUACCGCAACUCAGUUGGUGGAUUUCUGGUAUUUGACAUCACAAACCGGAGAUCUUUUGAACACGUGCGAGAUUGGUUAGAAGAAGCCAAAAUGUACGUGCAGCCAUUUCGGAUUGUAUUUCUAUUGGUGGGACAUAAAUGUGAUCUUGUGUCACAGCGUCAAGUUUCAAGGGAAGAAGCUGAAAAAAUGUCAGCAGCCUGUGGUAUGAAGUAUAUUGAAACCUCAGCAAAAGAUGCUACAAAUGUUGAAGAAUCCUUCACAAUCUUGACAAGAGACAUAUAUGAACUUAUUAAAAAAGGAGAAAUUUGCAUUCAGGAUGGUUGGGAAGGGGUUAAAAGUGGCUUUGUUCCAAAUAUUGUGCAUUCUUCAGAAGAAGCAGUAAAACCUAUGAAACAGUGUCUUUGCUGAAUUCACAAACAGCUCCAAAAUGGGUAUGAGCAGAUCAGGUAUUUGUUUUAGGACAAAUACCAACAUUAAGAGCAAAGUGAUAGUUAUGGAAGCAUAAAAAUCAUUGAUUUGCCUGGGUCACUAAUUGUUUUUGCAUCCUUUUGUAAGAUACUUAAUUUAAAAUGCUAAGGCAGUAAUAUAGUAAUAGUUAAAGCAGAAAAUAUAUUAUUUUGAAGACAUUAAUAUUUGUAAACAAAAGUGCAAUAUUUACUUAGUAAGUUAACAUAUCAAAGAUUUUGACUAGGACUAAAACAGAAGUCCAUUUUCAAGGGACCAGAUUUUUCAUGCAUUCCUAUGUUUUAACAAGUAUUGAAUGUGAAGAAAUUAUAUAUUAUAUUAAUAUUAUUUUCCUUUGUUGGUUCACUGCUUCUAAAAUAUAGUUUUUAUGUUUUAUAGAGAUAGCUGAGAUUACAAUCAGAAUAUUAAAUUCCCAAUAACUUUAAAGAAAGGAAACUAAAGAAUUAUUCAUAAGCAAACAUUUUGAUAUGAUGAUGAUAAUAAUAAUGUUUUAAAGUUCCCCACACUCAUGAAAUCAUAGCUCUACCUGGAAAUUUCAAAGAGAUGAAAUUCAGUUGAUCCAGAUCCAGUUUGUUGUCUGAUUUGUCGGUGUAAGCAAACCUGAGUAGCAGUGUGGUGGAAUGUCUAAAGAGCAAGGCUGGGAGUAAGGAGAACUUGGAGUCAAGUCUUGCCUCUAACAUAUAUUGGCUGUGUGAUUCUGAGCAAGUCAUUUAAUUUCUUAAUGUAGUCAGUAACUAUUCUAAGACUAAAGGCUGCAGGGAAAGCACCAAUCUGCAUUGAGAGAGGAAGUUCUUUACUAGGAACUAUGUGGACUGGUGAAGUACAAUUUAAAACAAAAAGAAAUGAAAUAUAAAAUAUUUUGGUCAUAAGUUUUAGUUGAGUGAACUUUAAAGCUUAAAAUAUAUUAUUAGGUCUAAGAAGACUUCAUUUCUUCAACAAGGAUGUAGAAAGGGGUAUUCCAAUAAAAUAGUCUAUCAGUGUUGCAAAUUAAUUUGUAGAAAAGGAAGCUCUUUGAAACAUUUGCCAUUCAAACCUAUCAAUAUCACUAGUGAAAGAGGAAUUUUGAUGUGCAUAUGUGUGUAUA